AACUUCAGGGAUGACAGUCAGUGACGUCAUCAGCCAUCGACGCAGCCAGCCCCACAUGGUAGCAUGCUAAAGCUGUGACUUCUCCUCGCUAAGUAUGGGCAGUCUGUGGUCUGAGGGCCACUCGUCCUCCAUCCUCUGUGUCGGUGGGUCUCCUGGCCCAGAGGGGCUGAUAGCGUCAGGUGCCGAGGGCGGAGAGGUGACGCUGUGGACUCAAGAGGGCGCCGUCGUACGCCGCCUCGUUCUCCCUGGACAGGAUGACGUUACCAGCGCAGCGUUCUCACCGGCAGGUGCAGCCCACCUGUAUGUGUCGCACGGAGACACGGUGAGCGUGUUCGACCCCAGGAACCUGAAGGGCCCGGCGGAGGAGUUCCAGGGGGCAGGAGAGGAGGAGAUCAACGCUCUGGCUCUGAAUGAGACGGGUUCAGCCGUGGCUCUGGCUGACGACUCGGGGGCGGUGAGGAUACUGGAGAUUCCAGGUGGGAAAGUAUGUCGGACUCUGCGCAGACACACAAACAUCUGCUCGUCUGUGGCUUUCCGACCUCACAGACCCAACAACCUCGUUUCUGUCGGACUGGACAUGCAGGUGAUUCUGUGGGGCCUCCAGAAGACCCGCCCGCUGUGGACCCUCAACCUCCAGGACGUGGCAGAAGAAGAGGACGACCACCAGCAGCGCCCGGGUCAGCUUUUCAACCCCCCUCUGGCUCACUGCGUAUCCGUGUCGAGCUGCGGGAACGUUGUGGGCUGCGCCGCAGAGGACGGCCGGGUCCAUCUGAUGCGGAUCGGCAGCGGCUCCAAACUGGAGCAGCAGGGGGCCGUAAAGGCACACACUCAGGGGGCCUCGCAGGCCCACUUCCUUAGUGCUUUCUCCCACCCUUACUGGAUGGUGACAGGGGGGAACGACGGCCACGUGGCCCUCUGGGACCUCAGUAAGCACCCGGUGGUGGCUCCGGAGGGAAAGACUGGCACGAGCCAAGCGACAGCGCCUCAGCGCCGGAAAGGUAAGAGAAGAGAGCAGGCUCAGGAGAAAUCGAAGGCGGAGAGGGAAGAGGCUGAAGAGGAGGACGAAGCAGCUGCAAAGGAGCAGGAGGAGGAGAAAUCCGGACCCAAACUGAGCAUCAGUCACGGCGAGAAGGUGAACUGGCUGUACCCCGCUGUGCUGAAAGGAGGAGUGAGCGUAAUGGUGGCAGAUCAGAGCCCCAACCUGACCGUCUACCCUCUGUCUCAGCUUUAGAUUCAAGCAUCCAUAACUACUUGUUCUGCUGUAGAAAAGAAAAAGAACUAUAAAUAUUUUUAUCUUUGUCCUCAGAGAACAGAGACUGUUGGGCUCUGCUUCAUUAAAACUGGAUAUUAAAAAACACUUCAAUGUAUCUUCAAAUAGCAUUUAAUAUGCGUUGUACUUUCUUGCAUGUGUGUGUGGGCUUUUAGAAAAUGUCAUCGUUUGAAAUAAACUUUGACAGAAAAGUC